CUCUCUCUCUCUCUUCCAUUUCAACUCUUUCUUAAGCUAGGUAAGAGAAACCCCAACCUAUUCUCACCUCUCCACUCACUAAAACUACUAAUUGGGAGGGGGAUUUGAUGUUGGGGGCUUGAUUUAGCAAGAUCAAUGGUUCCAUUUGAACCUAUGAGCUUUCUUUUAGGAAAUCCCCACUUAGAAUCCCAAUUUGGGCAACACAAAACCUAGAAAUGGGGAAAUUUCCUAAAACCCACCUUCUCACUUGUCAAUACUACAAAUUGGGAGAGGGGUUUUGUGUAAGAGAUCUAUCCUAACAAGAUUGACGGAUCAAUUUGAGUCCAUGAGCCCUCCCUAGUAAAAUCCCCAAUUUGGGUAACUAAACCAUAGAAAUGGUGGGUUUUACCCAAACCCUCUAUACCCUACCAUUCAAACCCUAAAUGGUUUGAGAAAAAUGAAAUUAAAUAUAUGUAUAGUGGAUUGGGUUGACCACGUAAGCCAUUGGUGGUCACCACACACACCCUCAACCGAAAUUCCCUAAUUUAGCUUAGUCACGACUAGACCUUUAGGGAAAUUUGCGUACAUGCGUAAACCUAUCUUAACUAAUCCAUUAAUUACACUUAAACUAAGCGAAUUGAGGUGGUAGAACAUCCUCCACAUAUAAAUUAGCCAUAUAUUCAUAAAAUCCUAAGUUGAGAAUGAUUUCAAAGAAAAGAGAAAUAGGAAAUGAAGUUAGAACAUGUGCCUAAGGUCUCAUUUCUCUAUGGGUGAUUUAUUUCUUAAAAUUCUUAUAUAUCCUACGAGUAGAACCAAGAGGUGACAAGACACGGCACGAGACCAUCGAUUGUCCAUCAUCACCUAGGACUCGAGGUGAGGGGAUUUUAUAUGUUUUUAUGGAAUGUUUGUAUCAUAAUGCAUAUGUGGAGGAAUUAUGUCAUUUUGCAUAUUAUUAUCUUAUUCCUUGUGUAAAGUGUUGAUGUGGUAUGAAAAUGUGAAUUAUUGUUGUGGAUACAUGUCUGGGGUGCAAGGUGGCCAACGGUUGGUGCCGGCGGCACUGCAUGCUCAGGGUGAGUGUGUGUGUGUGAGUGUGAUUGAAAUAUGUUGUGGCAUAUUAUAAUGCAUUGGGCUAGGAUAACCAUCCUAGUGCUACGACCCCUUGCCAGUAAGGUUAAGGUAUUGGCUAUCCUACAGUCCGGGCAACCUAAGGGGUUCUCCGGGCCGGGACCGAGGCUGUAGGAUGGGAUUAUUGAUAAGGGGUUUGCCGUGACCGAAGGGGUUCUCCGGACCGGCACAUGCAGGCUCCUGUCUCACAACUAUGUUAUAGUAGCACCAACACCAAUAUAGACUUAGAAUGUGUUGGGCUAGGAAAAUAACCGGGGUGCUACAGCCCUUGCCAACAGGGGUUUAUGUAUUGGCUAUCCCACAGCAUAGCUUGGAGACCUGAAGGGGUUCUUCCAACCAGGACCGUGACUAUCCUACAGCUCGGGCAACCGUAGGGGAUCUCUGGGCCGAGACCGUGGCUUUAGGGUGGGAUUAUUCACUAGGGGUUUGCAGUGACUGAAAGGGUUCUCUGGACCGGCACAUACAGGCUCCUAACUCGCAACUAGCGUAUAUCGUUGGAAGACCAAAGGGGGGAGUAGCACUAAUACUCAUUUUGGACUUAGAAAUUGUCGAUUAGGAUCAUUUAUUAAUAACCGGGUCAUGUCAUUGCAUUCAUCUAAUUUCAUUAUUGUUGUUGUGGGUGAGCAUUUAUAUUUGUUUCUAUUUCUUUUAUUGUUGUGGAUGCAUGUGCGUGUGUGUGUAUGUGUGUACCCCUCACUGGGCUUCGUGGAAGCUCACCCCAUUUGCUGCACCCAUUUUAGACGGUGGAAUCAGUGCAGAGGUAGGCUUGGGACUUCGGUGGCAAUGGUCUUAGAGAACCAUUUGAGGCAUGAACAUAUUCAAGCAAAUACUUCCCACCAAACCUCAUUUUAAAGGGGCCAUCAAGUGGUGUAGAGUAACAUUUCUUUCUCCCCUCCAUUCAUCUCCAACUACUUCAGUAGAAGUUCAUUCUCUGGAACAGGAAGUAGUAAUUGCUUUGGGGAGUAACGUGGGUGAUAGACUUCAUAAUUUCAAUAAUGCUUUGCGUUUAAUGAAGAAGUUUGGUAUCCAAAUCACAAGACACGGAUGUUUAUACGAGACAAAGCCUGCCUAUAUUACUGAUCAGCCAUUCUUCCUCAACUCUGCAGUUAGAGGGGUUACAAAGCUUGGGCCAAAUGAAUUAUUGGCAGUACUAAAACAAAUUGAGAAAGAUAUGGGCCGAACUGGUGGAAUAAGGUAUGGCCCAAGACCAAUUGACCUGGACAUAUUGUUUUAUGGGAAGUUCAAGAUCAAUUCUGAUGUUCUUACUGUUCCACAUGAGAGGAUUUGGGAAAGACCUUUUGUAAUGGCUCCACUACUAGAUUUACUAGGAUUGGCCAUAGAGAGUGAUGUAGAAGCAAACUGGCAUUCUUUUUCCAAGCAAACUGGAGGACUUUUUGAAUUGUGGGAUAAACUUGGUGGUGACUCCAUGGUUGGAAGGGAUGGGCUAAGACGGGUUUUACCUGUUGGAAAGCACCUAUGGGACUGGUCAGAAAGAACCCAUGUCAUGGGUGUUCUCAAUCUGACUCCAGAUAGCUUCAGUGACGGUGGGAAGUUUCUAUCAGUAGAUGCUGCAGUUUCUCAGGUCCGCUUGAUGGUCUCGGAAGGGGCCGAUAUUAUUGAUAUUGGUGCACAAUCCACACGUCCAAAUGCAUCUUGGAUUUCUGCAGAAGAAGAGCUAGACAGACUAAUACCUGUCCUAGAAGCUGUUCUUGAAAUACCUGAGAUGGAGGGGACACUGUUGUCUGUGGAUACUUUUCACUCAGAAGUUGCACAGGAAGCAGUGAAAAGAGGGGUUCAUCUUGUCAAUGAUGUAUCGGGUGGGCAUUUAGAUUCUAAAAUGCUCAAGGUUGCUGCAGAUCUCGGGGUUCCUUAUGUGGCAAUGCACAUGAGGGGCUCCCCCUCUACCAUGCAAAGUGAUGAAAAUAUACAAUAUGAAGAUGUCUGUGUCCAGGUUGCUUCUGAGUUAUAUUUGCGGGUCAGAUAUGCUGAAUUAUCAGGGGUACCAGCAUGGAGAAUUAUUAUUGACCCUGGAAUUGGAUUCUCUAAGAAGACUGAGCACAAUUUGGACAUCCUUAUGGGUUUACCAACCAUUCGACGAGAGAUAGCAAAGAAGAGCUUGGCUGUUUCUCAUGUGCCCAUCUUGAUUGGACCCUCCAGAAAGAGGUUUCUAGGUGAUGUUUGCAAUCGGCCAGAUGCCACUGAGAGAGACCCUGCAACGGUUGCUGCCAUCACUGCUGGGAUUUUGGGUGGUGCCAACAUCGUUAGAGUGCACAAUGUUAGAGACAACUUUGAUGCUGCAAGGCUCUGCGAUGCUUUACUGAAGCAUAGAAAGAUUAUGUCGUGAUUUGAGUUUAUGACGCCAGAUGAAACACAGAAGCUAUGGCCAGAAAAAUAUUAUCCAUGAAAUUUCAAUUUCUUGGUUUCAGAAAAUGAUUAAAUUACAUUCUUUGGCGGAUGAAAGACAAGAUGUUGCCAUUUUGUUGAUCAGUACUAUUUUCCAAUGUGUUAGUAAGGCCUGCAGGAUGUCAACCCUGAAGCUUGGCUCUGAACUCGGCCUUCAUCCUCUGCUUACCCUAUUGUUUUUGUGUUUUUCCAAAGGAAGGAUAAUGGAGUUGCUAGGAAGCUCCCUCUUUUUCCGUUCUUACAGUUUCAUUCACAUUAUGGUUUGCAGGCUGCUAGUGAAGACUCGGAUAAUUGGUGUCUGAGAUUAGUGACUGUCCUUCUCGGGAUGGGCCCGAUGGGCAUGCUGCUUCCCUCUUCCCCAACCGUGUGGCACUUGACGUGAAAGAUGAGUGGCUCGCCUUCGUCACUGAUUCUCCCAAGCUCCCGCACCUUAGAGAAAUACCUUCACUUUGCCUAUGAUCAGUUAAGCCUCCAAUGUGGUAGUGGUAGUGGCAGGAGCAAACAAGGCAGAGGCUGUAAUCUUGGUGAUUGAUGAUGUGGAGCACGAGUGUCUGGUGCUGUCAGCCCGAAUGGUUUUUUAAGUUGGUAUGGUUUUUGGACCGGGCAGCUGCCUCUGAACUGGAGGCUUCACAGUGCACUAAGCAAGGGCGAGCCUGAUGUGGAAGUUCAAGUGUGUAUGCUGUGGAGGAAUUGACAACUGGUUUUUUCUUCGCUUUGUAUCUUCCUGAGGAGUAAGCUUCCCUUCACCUGCUGGGAAAGAGGAAAUUCCUUCUUCAUUGGUGAUGCAAGUCAUGUGAGCCUAUGAUUAGAGUUUGGGUUCAUCAUUAACUCACACAUCCUAUUGUUAAUGGUCACAAAUACCCUUCUAGGUUUCAAUCACAGGGUUAAGAUGCCUAUGGUGACGGUAUUCUUCCUUUACCAUGGGUGAAGAGAAACUCGAUCUCCUCAUUUAUGUCUUUCUGUUGCCUUUCUUUAGGUUGGGGCUUUUUUGGGUUAAAUUAGUGGGGCCUUGAGCCAACGGCGCACUAGCUAUGUCGGUGGGUCUCUUUGAGAAUUAAUGUGAAGAGAGGAAGCUAGCCUCAUGGGAAGCGCGGUUGAUUUUGUUGGGCAAAUUAGGCCUUCUUUGUCAAUAUGUAGUGAAUCAUGACCAAGAAAUGAAGACCAGAAAUUUUCUUUGCUCAUGUACAUUCUACCUAAACAGAUUUACUGUUUACAUUUAAAAGCAUCUACUUGAAUUAUUACACCUCUGAGUGAAGAGGGAAAUAUAAAGUUUGU